UGUCCAUGCCUUCAGCAGCACAGCCUCCAUCUGUACCACAAGUGGAUGCUGAAGUGCUGCAGUUUUGAAUGAAAAUUAAUGUAGGCAGAAAAUCUGACCCAAAAAAGUUGCUUUAUGUGUGGUUGGCUCUUCUAAGCAUUUACUUGCUUGCUUCUCUGGAGCCAGCUUUCACUACCACCUCCUUUGCUUGGAGUUGAUCAGAAAGCAGAGCUUUUUGGAAGCUGAUUCUGAGCACACGUGUGUGAUUUGUGACCCCCAGCAUGUGCGCACCAUUCUGCACCCAGUCUGCAUUUCUCAGUGCUCCAUUUGCACCCCACAAAUGUUAGGACAUGUUUAAACACGACCACACCCAGGCUGUGUCAUAACAAACCCCUGCCCUGGUUGUAUGGAUUUGGACAAAAGGAUUAUAAACAUGAGCUUGGUUCACUCUCAGACAAGCUAAAAUGAGUCACGCAGCAGUUAAUUUGCAGUGUAGUGAUUCCAAAGGUUUGCAAACCUGGAGAAAACAGAAAAAUUAUUUUCCAUUACACUGUAUGACCAAGACGGAUGUGAUAAUGCUGUAACUGGGCCUUUGCAAUUGAUCAUUUGUAGGAAGAAAGCUGGAUUUAAGGGCUGGGCAGGGAGAAAUACCCUUUGUACAUUGCCUGUGUUAGAGCAGCAAGAUCCCAUUUGCUGUUCUCAAUAAUCCUGCUUCAAAAUGCCGGGGGGAGCAGCCUCAGCAGCACAGAAAUUGCUUUCUGCUGAGCUAUAUUCUGUGAGCGUUCGCUCUUAGGUUUAAUUUGCCUAGGUGAAGCAGAACUGCAGAACAGGCUCCGUCUGCACUCUGCUAUCUGCAGAUCAGCUGCUGAACUGGGUGUUUGGGAAGGGCUGUAGUAAUUUUGAUGUUUGUUUUUUUUUGUUUCUUUUUUGUUUGCUUUUUCCCCUCCCCCUGCUCCUUCUUGAAUAGGAAACCUCCAUUUUAGAGGAGUACAACAUUAACUGGACUCAGAAGCUGGGAGCUGGGAUCAGUGGCCCUGUUAGAGUCUGCGUGAAAAAAUCCUCUCAAGAACGCUUUGCACUGAAAAUCCUUCUUGAUCGUCCAAAAGCUAGAAAUGAGGUACGUCUGCACAUGAUGUGUGCAACACAUCCAAAUAUUGUUCAAAUUAUUGAAGUUUAUGCUAACAGUGUGCAGUUCCCACAUGAAUCCAGCCCAAGGGCUCGGCUCCUAAUUGUAAUGGAGAUGAUGGAAGGGGGAGAGCUAUUUCACAGAAUCAGCCAGCACCGGCACUUUACUGAGAAGCAAGCAAGCCAAGUAACAAAGCAGAUAGCUUUGGCUUUGCAGCAUUGCCACUCACUAAACAUUGCACAUAGAGACCUCAAGCCCGAGAAUCUCCUCUUCAAGGAUAACUCUUUGGAUGCACCUGUUAAACUGUGUGACUUUGGGUUUGCCAAAGUAGACCAAGGUGACUUGAUGACACCACAGUUCACUCCAUAUUACGUAGCACCUCAGGUAUUGGAGGCACAAAGGCGGCAUCAGAAAGAAAAAUCUGGUAUUAUCCCCACCUCUCCAACACCUUACACGUACAACAAGAGCUGUGACUUGUGGUCCCUGGGUGUCAUUAUUUACGUGAUGCUGUGUGGAUACCCUCCGUUUUACUCCAAGCACCACAGUCGGACAAUUCCAAAGGACAUGCGGAAAAAGAUCAUGACAGGAAGUUUUGAAUUUCCAGAGGAAGAGUGGAGCCAGAUCUCAGAGAUGGCAAAAGACAUUGUGCGAAAGUUGCUGAAGGUCAAACCGGAGGAGCGGCUGACCAUCGAAGGCGUGCUGGACCAUCCCUGGCUCAACUCCACUGAGGCACUGGAUAACAUCCUGCCCUCUGCCCAGCUGAUGAUGGACAAGGCAAUGGUUGCAGGGAUACAACAGGCUCAUGCAGAACAGCUUGCAAACAUGAGAAUCCAAGACCUCAAAGUCAGUCUCAAACCCCUUCACUCCGUCAACAACCCUAUCCUGCGCAAAAGGAAAUUGCUGGGCACCAAGCCAAAGGAUGGUGUUUACAUCCACGACCCGGAGAAUGGAAGUAAUGAUUCCAAUGUGGCUCUGGAAAAGCUCAGAGAUGUGAUUGCUCAGUGCAUUCUGCCACAGGCUGGUAAAGGAGAGAAUGAGGAUGAGAAGCUGAAUGAAGUGAUGCAGGAGGCGUGGAAGUAUAAUCGGGAGUGUAAGUUGCUGCGAGACACUCUUCAGAGCUUCAGCUGGAAUGGCAGAGGAUUUACAGAUAAAGUGGAUCGACUAAAACUGGCAGAAAUAGUAAAACAAGUUAUUGAAGAGCAGACAAACUCCCAUGACUCUCAAUAGCUGGAGCUUCUUAAUCUUUU